ACAGGGAUCCUGUGGCAGGGGGGUCCUUUCCAUUGGUGCCAGAUAAGGAGGACCAGGAGCAAACUCUACCACAGGCUGUGGUCCAUCAGUCUGGGAAAGAUGUCAACAGACCGGGGUUACUGGAACAACCUGACAACCCUGCAGAAAAUCGCUCUGGCCCUGGGGAUCCCAGCCAGUGCAACUGUCAUGUACAUCUUGUACCGCAGGUACAGAGAAAGCCGAGAGGAGCGGCUGACGUUUGUAGGAGAGGAUGACAUUGAAAUUGAGAUGAAGAUCCCACAGGAGGCUGUGAAAUUGAUCAUCGGACGGCAGGGCGCCAGUAUCAAACAGCUAAGGAAGGAGACUGGUGCUCGCAUUGAUGUGGAAGCGGAAAACUCCGGCGGGGAACGGGUGCUGCUGAUCAGUGGCUUCCCCGUCCAGGUGUGCCGAGCAAAAGCUGCUAUUCACCAGAUCAUGGUGGACAACGCCCCCGUGUCAGAGCAGUUCGUUGUGCCGCAGAGAGCUGUCGGCAGGAUUAUCGGCAGGGGUGGUGAGACGGUGCGAGCCAUCUGCCGCAGCUCGGGGGCCAGAGUGAUCUGCGAGAAGGAGACGGACAAUGCCCUGUGUCUGACCCGGCUCAUCAGUCUCUCGGGGACCCGCAAGGAGGUGAAUGCUGCCAAGCAACUGAUCCUGGAAAAGCUUUCGGAGGACGACGCAUUUCGAAAGAAACUCGCCCUGUCGGCGGCAGUCCGAUGCCUGCGCAAGCAGCCCCUGGGCGUGAGGAGAGAGGAUCUCGGGCAGCAGGGGGAGCUGCCACGCCCCAGCGGUGAGGCCCUCUGCCAGCUGGCGAGCCCUCAGCAAGGGGCAGGAGAUGGAGGCUGCCUGCUGGCUGCAGAAGUCCCGGAUCAACCACAAGAGCUCAGAGCAGAGAGCGAGUCCCCGGAGGAGCCGGUGAUGGAGCCCAGCCAGGCAGUGCCCAUGUUCGAGGUCCCCAGCCCCGACUUCAGCUUCCACGCGGACGAACACCUGGAGGUUUAUGUCUCGGCCUCAGAGAACCCCAGCCACUUCUGGAUCCAGAUCGUCGGCUCCCGCAGCCUGCAACUCGACAAGCUGACCUGCGAGAUGUCCCAGUACUACGGGAGCAGCAGCCAGUCGCCCGAAUUCCCCAACGUCCGCGUAGGCGACAUCGUGGCUGCCCCGUAUGCCGAUCACGGCUCCUGGUACCGGGCCCGAGUCCUGGGCACCCUGGAGAACGGCAACUUGGAUCUGUAUUACGUCGACUUCGGGGAUAACGGGGAAGCCCCCCUAGAAGCACUGCGAGCCUUGCGGAGCGACUUCCUGAGUCUGCCCUUCCAGGCCAUCGAGUGCAGCCUUGCUGGGAUCGCCCCCGCGGGGGAGCAGUGGGAAGAGGACGCCCUGGAUGAGUUCGAUCGCCUCACGUGUUGUGCCGAGUGGAAGCCCCUGCUAGCGAAGAUUUCCAGUUACGUCCAGUCUGGGGCCUGUACCUGGCCGCGGAUCCAGCUGUACGACACCAGCGACGGACAGAGCCUCAAUAUAGGGGAGGAGCUGGUCCGGCUGGGUCAUGCUGUGUGGUGCCCGCAAGAAGAGGAUGGCGCUGUGGGGGACGGCGCCCCCCAGCUGGGGAAGGGGGCCAUGGCUGAGGCGUUCCAGAAAAUGCUGGGGAAUGCUGCAGGGACCUCCCUUGAGAGCCUCCUGUCAGAGACCUGCGUCAGCCUUUCAGAUGACUCCACUGAGCAGCUCCGAAGUGACACCGAGCCCACAGAACCACCCUCCCAGAAGACUGUCAUACCCUCACUUUGGUCCCUACGGAUCUCGGCUCCCUCCUGCCCUCUGGGGGACUCCAAGGCUCUCGCCUUGCCAGCUGGCAGUGAGAAGCAGAAUGGCUCAGGGGGCUGCAGCAGCGAGGGGGCUUCGGAGGCUGGGGGGUCUCUGCCGGCCACUGGGAGCCAUGCAGCAGAUGCCAAGUGGACAUCCAGUCCUGCUGAUUGCACGCAUCCCGCAGGCUGCUCGGGAGAGGCCUCUCCCAUCUCCCUCUCAAGCAAAGGCUCCAGCACCUCAGAUGCCAGCUUCCCUACCCCGCUGGCCUCUGGGGACAGCAGCUGCUACUCCCUCCGGGGCUACUUCUAUUACCUCUCCACUUCAGAAGAGUGGUCCAACUCCUCGGUCUUCUGCAGCGGCUCCGGCUCUGCCACCGAUUCCCUCCAAAGCCUUGUCCUCAUCAGCUCCUCUGGCAGCGAGGGAGAGGAGGAGGAGGAAGGGGGGCUGAGGGCCUGGAGGAGAGGUACAGAGGGCUCCAUGGAUGGGCAGCCUGGGCGCCGCACUGUGGGGGUGUCAGAAGCACAAGGAGUACAGAUUUCUGCUGCACUGGCAACCGUGAGAUGCAAGAGAGUCCCAUGCGCUCUUCCAGCUUGCAAGGGGGGCAGAGAUUCUCACGGGCCGCGGCCCAUGGCUGCUGCUCCAUUUUCCGCCUUGCUGUCGUUCAGCUAGGAGUGGCUGCUACUGGCGAUCUCCACCAGCUGGCAACAUCCCCUCUUCCCCCAAGGGACAGCCCCCGGCGAGGGCCUCAAUCCUUAGCAAUGCCUCUUUCAGUGCAGAGUGGGCCCCGGGCAAGUGCUCAGUGCCGUGUCGGGCCUGCUCUCAUUCCUCCUGGUGUAAAUCCAGAGCAGCCCUAUGCUGGUGACUGGGGUUCUCCGGCUUCAGCCAGGUGUAAAUUGAGAUCUGAACCUGUCCACUGUGUGUUGCUGCAGCCCGGAUCACCUGCUCUGCAGAGCCAGGCGAAGGGGGCGUGAAAUGGUUGCACAGGGGCUUUUAGUGUCAGCUGCGGCAUGACUUGUUUCUCAGUGCAUGGGGGCGCACAAGUGGGGAGAACUGGGCCUUCCUUCCACCUUGGAGCAGCUGGACACUGGCUAGGGCAGUGCAGGUCAUCUGUCUGUGGCCUGUCCCAGAGAAGGGGGCACAGACUCCUGGCUGCACGGUGGCUUGGCUCUUGGUGGCAGGCCGGCACCGGGGAGCCCUGAUGCUGCACCUGUUCUACCUGCUGCCUCUCCUCU